AAGAUCUACUAGAAAAUAGAAAUCUUUUCCUGUCUUUUCCUAUCGGGGAUAAAAACCGGAAUGCCGGAGAGUAUAUUAACGAUUCCGAGUGUACAAAUGCAUGCUGCGUCGCGCGAUUUGCAUUCCGAUGUGAUCGGCGGUAGUUUCUAUGAUCGACGACUCGGAACUCGGAAUAUUUGCGAAUAUGAGCGAUCGUCUUCUCGAGGCAGUUGCGUCAACAAGUAGGUAAAAAAAAAAGACGCGAGGGCGACGUUUAAAGAAAAGAGCGAAAAGCAGCGUGUGAAGUGUGAAGUGUUGAACGAUGCGGCAUACUAGUGCACACUCGUUUCCGACAAUCAGCUGACUUCCGGUACCACCGCGAGAUGUUGGGAUGUUAGCGAGGUGUUUCGGCAGUUUCGCCUGACACGGAGAAGCGUUCUUUGAUUUUCUUCUUUCUCUCGCGCGAGGCGGUGUCUCCUUUUCCGCAGGACUCGCGCGAGUCGCGGGCUCUUUUCUCUACGCAGCUACGCAGCCCUGCAGUUCCGGCCGGAACGGUGCGCUAUGUGGAUCCUCGUCUAACCACGCAACGGAAUCGCAUCAUUCCACAAGUUCGAAGUUUGAGUUUCCCGUGCCGUCAGCCGACCUCCGGCGGGUGAUCUCCCGUCGCGCCACAUGGAUGUCGUGUGACACCGUCGCCGCCGGUCUCAUCGUCGAGGACAAUAUGAAUUCGGAGGGGAACGAUGGCAGCGGAGGUCAGGGCAGAGCGGAGGUCAGAGUGGAUGUCAGCCUGAAGAAUGACAAUCAAUCCGUGGACCAAGGUACCGUAACGUCCAAGGUGCAGCUGGAGAACGGGAGCGAGGAGCAGUUGAGGCUGAACAACAACAGUGGCGAGGGCAACGUCAGGCUCGCGCUGCCGCUAUCGUCCAGAGCCCCAGUCGUGCUCGCCAAUGGAACGAAGUCCGUGCAAACCCCCGUGUCCGAUUGCUCCAACUCUUUGGAGCAGAACGUUUCUCAAGAUGUAAACAUAUCUUCCAUGUUUGCAAACGCGACCGCCAAUAUCAAGCCUCAGACUGUAAACACCAAUACCGUUAAUUGUCAAUUGAAGCAUAAGACUGUCACGAAUGCGAGCUCGUUGAAUCUGCCUAAGUCCCAGAUGCACUUGAAUCUAUCUUCCACUCAGGCGAAUAUACACCACAAUCAUAACUUGGGAUCGGCCGUUCUUAAUUCCGCCGCAGCUACCAGUGCUACCUUACAUUCGAGUGUACCUAUGUUAAACGUAUCAGUAAUGCCUCCUAAUUUAUCAACGAUUAAAUCCAAUGACGACGUGGACAUGAAAAAUAAUGUGGAUUACGCAUCUGCCAUAGAGAAAUGCCCUUCUAAGGUUUCUUGCAGUUCAGAUUCUAGUCCGGAGGCUGAUUGUUCAUGGACAUCAAAGUCCUACGGAUCUAAACGUGUACUGAAUAAUAUAGGCGGUAGUAUAGGUUCGACGAGUCAAGGGACUUGUUGUUUUUUAAGACCUAAUAUCAACGGCAUCAGAGAAGCCGCUGGUCCCAGUGGACUGCAGAACACUUUGCAGAGAGAACAGGUAGAACGGAUGGAUUCUAGCUCUGGAAACGAAGGAGAUAUGUCUGAUGGAGAAGAUUAUUGUAUCUAUACUUAUAAAGGAAAUGACGAUGUGAUCCACUUAGAUCAACAAGAAGAAUUGAAUCAGGACCAUGCGGCGAAUCAGGAAGCGGAGAGACAGAACCAUAGUGGUAGGUCGAGUCCAGAAAUGGAUUUUCUAGAGAUGGACUUUGAUCCCGGGCCUUCCUGCGAACUGGAUACUGGAGACAGUGAUUUGGCCUCUAUAAACGAAGAUAUACAGAAUAUAGCGUUAGAUAAUAUAGAACAAGACCCAGUGCUAAAUGAUCUGAGUAGCGGAAAAGUUGUGUCUAGACAGGGAUUGGUAGCGAUGCCGCAGACUUCGAAACAAAUUGCACAACAUGUUAAUCAUACUACUUUCCAACAAUGCACAAGUAAUCAAUGUACAGUAGAACAAAGUGCAAAGCCAACUUAUUCAGCUCCAUGGAUGCCUAGUACUAGCGCUGGAACUGGAAGAUGGGACAGCGCGACACUAUAUCGUAAUACAGGUUGCCCGGUACGCGAAUCUUACGGUUAUCAUAACACGAGUGGUGACCUUAUAUCGCCCAGUGAUAACAGAGAUUCGGAUUCCGAAUUAUGGGCCGAGUCCACGACAGCGUCUCUCCCGGACAAUUCCAAUUUGAAUGCCAGGAAGGUUAAUCUCAUUUCUACGCUUUAUCAUCGAAUAAUGGCUAAGAAACUAAUGCUCAAUAAGCAUGCUGCGUUUAAUCAAAGUGGUGAUUCCAAUCUGGAAAGUGAAUUGUGUAACGAACGAUUAGACGGAUUACCACCAGUGGAGAAGGUAAUGCUGUGGAGUGAACAGGAAGCUACGAUAAAGCAAGUUACGCAAAUUGGUACCUCUGCUUGUGGUGCUACAUCCGCAAUUAAUGCUCUGUUGGCCUUAAAUAUAUCAUUUUCCCUGGAAGUAUUAGUGAAAGGUGUAAAUACGAGAUUAAGGGAGCUGGGUGUACCGCUACCGAGGUAUCUCGUCAGUCGUUCAGUGGCAGGGGCAACUCAUAAAGAUAUAGCACGAGGGAUAUCUUUAUCCACGAAUGGCGCAGCUGUAACAAAAUUUUUUGCAUUUUAUCCAGAGAGAAAAGUGUCAUUGUCCCAUUGGUUACAUUAUUGGAUUUCCAAGGGUGCUGCACCAAUCGCAACAAUGAAUUUACAACAUUGCGGUGAAGGUUGCGAUAUACCGGACGCAUGGCAUCAUCAAAUGAUAUUCGGUGUAGGACAGGCUGGUAUAUAUUUAACAAAUCCCUUAGAAUGUUUGCCUGAACAGCUUCUGUGGCAUCAAUUAAUUAGCCCCAGUAUUUUAUUAAUACGAAAAGCAGACGUUCUAGCGCAUUGGAAUGCAAAUACAGAUCUAACGCCACUUGCGACAAUGGAUCAAAAGUGGCGAAAACUGAAUGUCCUUGGGCAAGUUGUAAAUAUGGUACGAGAAUCAAUGAGCCAAAGGCAACAACCUAAUAGCACGACUAUUGGAGCGACUCACAUUCGCAUUCCGGCAUCUUACCAAGCAGGCAUUACGUUGGUCAUGUGUGCAGAUUCCGCCGCAGCCACCGAAUUGUUACACGCAGAACAACUACCACUGCUCUAGUCUUAUCGAUCAAAAAUUAACAAACCGGACUGGCUCACUUGGUUUACAACAAAUUUUAUUAGCAGGCCAGUCCGUACAAUGUUCUUACUCGUAGUUCAUUUACUAUGUAAACCAACAGGAUGGAAAUAAUUUAGAUUUUUGACAGAAAACGCGUUUGUAUUCAAAGAGAAUAUUAUUGAUUAAAAUAUAUUUCAAUAUAGAAUAUUUCUGUUUUAUACGUAGUUGUAUUCGAUCGAUUAUCAAGCUACAGAGAUUAUAUUCUUUAUAGAUAUUUGUAUAGUCGAAAGUAAGCUUACUUUGAUAUGUUCAUUAUACAUAUUGUUUCUAUGAAGAGAAUACGAGAUAUAAGUAAUAUAGUACUUUGAUUUUCCA